UAAGUGUGUUUACAAUAAAGAACACAUUUUUCAAGAAAUUUACUAUUUUGAAGUCACAUUACCUAAUUUCUAGCCUCUUUUAUUUCAUUUUCAGUUGUUAAGUAAGAGAAGUCUGUUGAUCAGUAAAGAUGAUUAUCCCUAUUCGAUGUUUUACCUGUGGUAAAGUUAUUGGUAAUAAAUGGGAGGCGUAUAUUGGACUAUUACAAGUUGAAUAUACUGAAGGGGAUGCGUUAGAUGCUUUAGGUUUAAAGAGAUAUUGUUGUCGAAGAAUGUUACUGUCUCACGUUGAUCUGAUUGAAAAACUCUUGAAUUACGCUCCACUUGAAAAAUAGACAACUCACAGUUACUGGUGCUGCCUCUAGCGCUGGGAAUAGAUGAGAUACAGUGUAUGGUGCGAGAUUGUUGAUACAGUAGAACCUAGAAGAAGUGAUGUGUAUCUUGUCUGGACCUAUAUUUCAUGUGUGUGCUUCUUAUAUUUAAUGAUUAAAGAAAUAAAUCAUGUCCACCUUAUAUCUGGACCUGUAUUCGUUUUUUCUAUUUUCUACUGUAUAAUCAUGUUUACAGCAACAGACACUCUUUCUUGUCUGUUCCCACCUAUAGAACCUGGUAAAUCUAAAAUCCACAAAACAGAUUGAAAGACUUUAUUCAUUCCAACUUCUGGUACAGUAACUGAUCGUUACUGAGAAAUCGGUAAAAGAAAUGAGACUAUGUUAGUUAGAAGAUAUCGCCAAUUUGCCAGAUAAUGUGAUCCCUAUCAGGCACAAUGGACAAUUUGGUUUUUGAUGAGGCUUUUGAUUUUGAAAUGAGUUUGCUACUUCAUUGUUUAUAAUAUCAACAAUUGAUUAGUCAACAAUACUUGUCUAUUUUUCAUCAUAUUCAUUUUGUAAAUAAAUCAUAUUUU